AUGGCGCCCAAGAGCAAGACUUCUCCCAAGGACAAAGCCCUCGCUGCCAAGAAGGCCGCCCUCAAGGGUGUGCAAGGCAAAUCGGUUCGCAAGGUUCGCACCUCGACUCACUUCCACUUGCCCAAGACUUUGCGUUUGGCUCGUAAGCCCAAAUAUGCCCGCAAGUCUGUUCCCCACUUGCCUCGCAUGGAUCAGUACCGUGUCAUUCAGUACCCCUUGAACACCGAGACCGCCAUGAAGAAGCUCGAGGAGACCAACACCUUGACUUUCUUGGUCGACAUCAAGUCCAACAAGAACCAAAUCAAGGAUGCUGUCAAGCGUCUCUAUGAUGUCCAAGCUCUCCAAGUCAACACUCUUAUCCGCCCUGAUGGCAAGAAGAAGGCUUUCGUUCGCUUGACUGCCGAUGCUGAUGCCUUGGAUGUUGCCAACAAGAUCGGUCUCAUCUAA